AUGAAAGUAUCUAUAAAGCAAUGGAAUGCUGUGGCUACAUGGCGCUGGGACAUGCCGGAAGAUGAUGUCUGUGGCAUAUGUCGAGUCCAGUUUGAUGGCACUUGUCCUACAUGCAAAUAUCCUGGAGACGAAUGCACGCUACGUGAGUUUAAACGUUUGGCCUCCUAUAAUGAAGAUUCUAACGUAGAUUAUAGUAAUCGGCAAAUGUGGGCACUCUUUCCAUAUGCAUUGCCUCCUAACAUGGAUUCAACAAGAUUCGGCCAAGGGUCUAUGCCCUAUGUGUCGGCAGAGUAG